AGUGAGAGAGAGCGAGCGCGCAAAAGCACAAUUUUUUCUCUUUCCUUCUCUAUUGUAAAACGGCCUCAGCGUCAGCUGUCAGAGUGUGUAGCUGUUUAGCAUCAAGAAAUGAGAGAAUAAUAAAUAAAAAUCAUGGAUCUGUCAAAAACUCCAAAUGACAAAAAAUUGUAUCUUUGUCGAUGGUAUUUUCGAGGAUUUGCGUUACUUCCAUUUCUAUGGGCUAUAAACAGCAUCUGGUUUUUUAGGCAAGCAUUUCUGGAACCAUACUUCGAGGAACAAAAACAAAUACGUAAAUACGUAAUACUCUCUGCAAUAGGAGCCUUACUGUUUUCAGUGGUAUUUUUGACAUGGAUUGUGAUUUUCCAAACGAACAGAGCACUGUGGGGAGAAUUUGGAGACUCUAUAAGUUACAUUAUUCCUACUGGUAUACCAUGAAACCUUUCUGUAGACAAUAAAUUACUUUUUUAAUUCUU